AGUCCAGCACGUAACAUAAUCGAGUACGCCAGAUAUUCCUAGCAAUCUGUGGCCGUGCGGUGGAGUAUAGUCGCGUCGCGGGUCAACAAAUCGCACGAUCUAUGCGUUUUGGAUACGCGAAAGAAGAAAGAGAAACGAUUUCGGAUGCGGCGUCACGCUUCGGGGAGUUCACUUUUCAUGUUUCCCAGCGACAAAAGCUGUCUGUUCCUUAUCGCAUGCUUCACGCGGUAUUAAACUGCAUAUGAACACAUUCGAAAACCGUGCAAAACAAGGAAACGACACGGUGCUCUGCUCGGGACAUUUUCCUAUGCACGUCUUCGAAUCAGUGCAGAGAAACCGGAGAAACACGGUAGUAGUAGCGUCACGGGGAUUUACCCUAGUGCGAGACACCGUAUGAGAGGCAUCCGCGGUAAAACCCCGGCACAGCAGAUUUGCUGCUGUACAGUGCACUGCCAGUGACAUGGCUUUGCCCAUGGACAGCGCACAGGUGUGGGCCCCAGAUGAGGCGGAUGGCUUCAAACUGGGAAGAAUAGUAGACAUCGGGGGUGAAACGGUCACCGUUCUACUAAAUGGCACCUCCCAGACUAUCACAGCACCCUAUAGGUGUGUCCACACAGCUGAGGAAGAUUCAAACAAGGACGUGGAUGAUAAUUGUGCUUUAAUUUAUUUGAAUGAGGCAACGUUGUUUAACAACAUAAAAGUGCGCUACAACAAGGACAAAAUUUACACGUACGUGGCAAACAUACUGAUUGCAGUAAACCCGUACUACGAAAUUCCAAGUCUGUAUUCCAUGGAUGCCAUCAAGAGGUAUCAGGGCAGGUCCCUAGGUGUAUUGCCACCUCACGUGUUUGCUAUUGCUGACAAGGCGUUCAGAGACAUGAAAGUUCUCAAGCAAAGUCAGUCUGUCAUCGUGAGUGGUGAAUCAGGCGCAGGAAAGACUGAGUCGACGAAAUACAUUCUGCGUUACCUAUGCGAGUCGUGGGGUAGUCAUGCUGGACCAAUUGAGCGAAGAAUCUUGGAAGCAAACCCAGUGCUUGAAGCCUUUGGGAAUGCCAAAACAAUGAGGAACAACAACAGUAGCCGCUUUGGAAAAUUCAUUGAGAUUCACUUCAACAACAAGUGCAAUGUUGUUGGUGGAUUCAUUUCUCACUACCUGCUGGAGAAGUCUAGGAUUUGUGGGCAGACAAAAGGAGAACGUAACUACCACAUCUUUUAUCAGUUGUGUGCGGGGGCACCUCACGAAUUGAGGCAGAAGUUGAGGAUAACGAAUCCCGAUGAUUUCCAUUAUCUUCGCCACGGCUGCACUCAAUACUUCUGCUCGUCAAACUCUGACAAACAGUUAAACAGCAACCACAAGUCUCGAGAACAUAGAGAGAAAGGGCCAUUGAGGGACCCUGUGAUUGACGACAUCAAAGAUUUCAGUGAUUUGGACCGUGCCCUGAAGCUCAUGGGAUUGUCUGAUGAGGAAAGGAUCAACAUCUAUGUGGUGGUGGCAACUGUACUGCACCUUGGCAACGUGACCUUCGAGGAGUGCCCCGAUGAUACCCGCGGAGGCAGUCAGGUAGCAGCUACUUCUGAGCCUUCUCUCAAGGCUGCCGCUGGCCUAAUGGGAGUAGAUCCUGAAGAACUGCGGCAGAGCCUGCUUAGCAGGGUCAUGCAGACGAGCAAAGGAGGCCACAAGGGCACUGUCUACAUGGUGCCGCUGAAGGCAUACGAAGCUCACAAUGCACGAGACGCCUUGGCCAAGGCCAUGUAUGCCAAGCUGUUUGACUUUAUUGUGCAGCGCAUUAACCAGAGCAUCCCCUUCAGCUCUUCCUCCCACUACAUUGGUGUGCUUGACAUUGCAGGAUUUGAGUACUUUCAAGUCAACAGUUUUGAACAGUUUUGCAUUAAUUACUGCAAUGAGAAACUUCAGCAGUUCUUCAAUGAAAGGAUUUUGAAAGAGGAGCAAGCUCUGUACGAAAGAGAAGGUCUACGAGUGAAGAAGAUAGAGUACGUUGACAAUCAGGACUGCAUUGAUUUGCUGGAAGCCAAAGGCACAGGCAUAUUUGACCUGUUGGACGAAGAAAGCAAGCUUCCCCGCAGCAGUCACACACAUUUCACUGCUGUGCUUCACAGCACCCACCAGAAGCAUUUCCGCCUGGCUGUGCCGCGCAAAUCUAAGCUACGUGAUCACAGGGAGAUACGAGACGACGAAGGGUUUCUUGUGCGCCACUUUGCUGGUGCAGUCUGUUAUGAAACGGCGAAGUUUUUGGAGAAAAACAACGACGCACUUCAUGCAUCUCUAGAAGGCCUCGUGCUCGAAACAAAAAACAAAUUCCUCCGUAGCCUGUUUGGAGUGGGAAGCCAGGGGUCGUCUCCCACUAAGGGCAAGCUCUCCUUCAUCAGUGUUGGAAGCAAGUUCCGCAGCCAACUCCAAGAGCUCAUGACGAAGCUGCAGCAGACUGGAACUCACUUUGUGCGUUGCAUCAAGCCUAAUCUCAAGAUGGUGGAUCACCUGUUUGAAGGGGGACAGAUACUGUCUCAGCUAAAGUGCUCGGGAAUGACUUCGGUGCUGGAGCUCAUGCAGCAGGGCUACCCGUCACGCGCACCUUUCGCUGAUCUCUACAACAUGUACAAGUGCUACCUCCCACCUGAACUUGCGCGGCUUGAUCCCAGGCUGUUUUGUAAGGCACUCUUCAAAGCUCUUGGACUAAAUGAGAAUGAUUUCCGGUUUGGACUGACAAAGGUCUUUUUUCGACCCGGAAAGUUUGCAGAGUUUGACCAGAUCAUGAAAUCAGAUCCCGACAACCUCGCCCAGCUUGUACGCAAAGUACAGAAAUGGCUGCUGGCCUCUCGCUGGAAAAAGGCUCAAUGGUGUGCAUUGGCUGUCAUAAAAUUGAAGAACAAGAUUAUAUAUCGUCGGGAGAACCUUGUGAUGAUCCAGAAGACUGUGAAAAUGCAUCUGGUCAGGAAGAAGUACAGGCCAAGGUACCAAGGCAUAAUGAGGCUUAAGGCAAUCCUCAAACAAGUGCAGCACAUGUCUCAGCUGCUUGCUCAGUUGAAGGACGGACAACAGAGCAAGCUUGAGGUCCAAGCCUUGGAAGCCAAGAUCAAUACUGCAAUCAAAAGGAUAAAGGAGGGCAGCUUAACAGCCGAUGCCAUAAACAAGGAACACACUGCUUUGAUGGCGUCCGUAACUGCACAGACAAGCUUACUUCAACAAAGGCUCCAGAAACAAAAACUGGCUGAAGAGCAGGAGCGUAUCCGCCGUAUGCAGGAAGAGAUGGAACAGGCUCAGCGCAAGAAAGCGGAAGAAGAACAGCGCAGGAGAGAGGAGGAGGAACAUAGACAAAUGAGGAUACAGAUGGAAGCAGCUAGAAAAGCAGAAGAAAAGGCUAGAGAGUUGGAAGAUGCAAAGCUCGCUAGAAGCCUCCAGGAGAAACUUGUGGUAGAACAAAAAGAAGAGAUGCUGAGGAACCAGCAGCUGGAACAGGAGUCCCGGGACCACGAGCUAGCAUUACGGCUUGCUCAGGAGAACAACAGUGUAGUGGAUGAUGUGAUCACCCCAGUGCUUCCUGUCAAAUCACAGACGAAAAAUAAGGAUGGCAAGUAUGACCUGUCCAAAUGGAAGUAUUCUGAACUUCGGGACGUCAUAAACACAUCCUGCGAUCUGGAGCUAUUGGCCUCAUGUCGGGAAGAAUUCCAUCGUCGUCUUAAGGUCUACCACGCAUGGAAGAGCAAAAAUGCAAAGAAGUCAGGACGUGACACUUCGCAUGAGAGGGUUCCAUCACUGCUUCGAAAUGGAGUUGCAGCAUCUUCCCAUACCGCUGGCGGCGGUGACGCAGACACGCGGCAGCGUUACUUCAGAAUUCCCUUUCGCAAAGAUGGCACCAGUAGUGGACUGUGGCUUGCACACUUUGACGGCCAGUACAUUGCACGGCAAAUGGAGCUGCACGUUGGAAAACCUCCAGUGCUGCUGUUGGCAGGAAGGGACGACAUGCAAAUGUGCGAGCUCAAGUUGGAGGAAACCGGUCUGACCCGGAAACGAGGUGCAGAGAUCCUGGAAUACGAAUUUGAUGCAGAGUGGAACAAGCACGGAGGGGCACCUUAUUUGCCACUGUCAACACGGCAGAAAUAGCUUAUUGCAUUUUUUGCCUUCUGUUAAGUGUGUUAGGUGAGAGAGCAGGGUUUGUGGUGCAUUUUUUCUGUCAAUACUGGCUGAUGUUGCAUAUUUUGUGCUUAAUUUCCUUAUUUAUGCCUACUUAGUAUGAAGUUUGGAAGGAACAUCAGCUGGAGGCAGAAGUAAACAAUUUCUUUUUUUACCAAGGCUACCUUGGAAAGAUCCUUUACCUAUGAACAGGCUGCUAUGUCAAAAUAUUCGUAGUCAUUUGCACAGCUAUUGUGUUCACGUUCCAUGGAAGCCUAGCUUCCUAGUUGUUACUGUAGGCACUUUUCAUUGUGCACCUUACUUUGGUAUUGUGCAACCAUUUCUUACAGGAUUCCUUAGAGGAGACUAACAAGUGCUAUCUUGUUUCUGCCAUGACAGCUUUCCUCCUUUUGGUGCUAUGUAUUCUUGUAAAGGUGGACUGGUGUGCACUUUCAAUAAACGGUUUUGAAAGACCU